UAGACUACCAACUGCGCAUGCGUGGCUUCAGCACACACGUGAAGCAGACAGCAUGGCGGAGGAUAGAGGAGUAGUGUUGGACCGGGCUCAGGUGAAAAAGGCUGUCCAAGCCUUGCAGGCUUUCCUGAAAUCCAAGUCGACCAAGGACUCCCUCUUUCUGGACGAGACUCAGCAGAUCAGCCUGCUCUUCACCCUCUGGAAGGUCCCCAAAAAGGCACAGACCAUCCGCAUUCCCUUGCCCCAUGGCCAGCGGCCGGACACAGACGAGGUUUGCCUCUUCACCAGAGAUGAGCCCAAAAUGACCUCAGAACAAACCCAGAGGUUUUAUAAGAAGCUGCUGGAGGAGAAGGGAGUCAAAAACAUCUCUGAGAUCAUCCCCUACAAGGCCCUGAGGACAGAGUACAAACCGUAUGAAGCCAAACGGCGUCUGCUGGGGAACUUCGACUUGUUCCUCUCCGACGACCGCGUCCGCCGCCUGCUGCCAUCCCACCUCGGAAAACAUUUCUACGAGAGGAAAAAAGAGCCACUGUCUGUGAACCUACAGAGCAAACAUCUGGCCAGGGACAUCCAGAGGGUCAUCCAGGGCACCAGCUUGAAGGUUAACAACAAGGGCUGCUGCUGCAUGGCACGUGUUGGCCACUCCGCCAUGACUGCAGACGAGGUGGCAGAAAACAUCGAGGCUGCUGUCCAAACAGUGGCUGCCAAACUACGUACGAAAGGACCGGUGAUGAAGCUCAUCCAUAUAAAGAGUCAAACGUCAGUGGCCCUGCCCAUCUACACCUCAGAGCUGAGCCACCUCAGCGUGCUGGAGGAGGCAGAGAAAGGAGCUGCAGCCAAAAAGAAGGCAAAGAAGAACAAGACAGAGGACACAAAGCAAACAGAUACCACUGUAGAGGGAAAGGAGAAAAAGGCAGAGGAAGAACAGAACGAAGAAAUCCCACAGCUGGUUCCCAUAGCAACACCCAUCAAAAAGCCUAAACUGGAGAAGCCAGCCAAGAAGAAGCAGCUGGAGAAAGCACCCAAACCUGCUGCAGCGAAGAAGGGGAACAAAGCUCCGAGCAAACUGACCAAGAAAGCCGGAAAGGCCGACUCCAAAGUAAAAAGAAAAGUGCCUAAAGUGAAAUGAUUCUCAGCAGAGCAUCUUUGCACAUUACCCCCCCAACAUGGACAUUUUACACAGUACACAGGACCAUAAUGUUCACAGAAUGGUCAACAUAUUCAGUCUGUUAUUUUUCUUGUUUUUUUGGUUGGCAGAUUAUAAACUUUGUUAUCUGAAAUCA